AUGGCUAGCCUCUUCUCACCCAAGGUGAAGGACGCCGCGGAGUCUCCCGUCAAGGGGGACGAUAGUCACAAGGAUGACCCCGGCAGCCUCCCAGCCGUCGCGCAGGGCUACGACAGCGAUACAGUUGGACAAAUCGAGCAAGCCCGCGAAGCCAAGAGGCAAAUCGGCGUCCCGAGCGCCAUCUUCCUCAUCGUCAACCGCAUCAUCGGAACGGGCAUCUUCGCCACCCCCAGCGGCAUCCUCGCCCUCUCCGGCAGCGUCGGCCUCUCCCUCUUCAUCUGGGUAGCAGGCAUGCUCAUCGCCUUUGCCGGCACCGCCAACUACCUCGAAUACGUGUUCCGGAAGCCCAAGUUCCUGACCACCGGUCUCUACGCCGGCUACGUCGUCCUCCUCGGGUGGGCGAGCAGCAACUCGGUCGUCUUUGGCGAAUACAUCCUGCACGCCGCCCAGGUCGAGGUCGAUCGGUGGAACCAGCGCGGCGUCGGCCUCGCCUGCAUCACCGCCGCCUUCCUCAUCCACGGCCUCGCUCUCAAGUGGGGUCUUCGCCUCCAGAACCUCUUGGGCACCAUCAAGGUCAUCGUCAUCCUCAUCAUCGUCGUCUCCGGCUGGGUCGCCCUGGGCGGCCACACCAAACUCGACAAGAAGCCCAACAACUUUGAUAAUGCUUUCGAGGGUACCACCGGUAGCGCCUACGGUGUCGUCACCGCCUUGUACAACGUCAUCUGGAGCUACAUCGGCUACAGCAACGCCAACUACGCCCUCAGCGAGACCAAGAACCCCGUCCGCACCCUCAAGAUCGCCGCCCCGCUCGCCGUCGGCGUCAUUUCCAUCCUCUACAUGUUCGUCAACAUUGCCUACUUUGCCGCCGUGCCCAAGGAGGAGAUCCUCGCCGCCCGCCGCCUCGUCGCCGCCUCGCUCUUCCGAAACAUGUUUGGCAGCACCGCCGAGCGCGCGCUGUCCGUCUUUGUGGCCCUGUCUGCUUUUGGCAACGUCCUUAGUGUCAUCUUUUCGCAGGGUCGCCUGGUUCAGGAGCUCGGUCGCGAAGGUGUUUUGCCCUUCUCGAGGUUCUGGGCUAGUAACCGCCCCUUCAACGCCCCUCUCGCCGGCCUGUUCGAGCACUGGCUCGUCUCCGUCAUCAUCAUGCUGGCACCUCCCCCGGCGACGCCUACAACUUUAUUCUCAACGUCAUCUCGCAUGGAACUGGAACCCUCCCAUCUCCGCCACCCUCCCCGUCGUCAUCUUCUUCCUUCUCAGCAACAUCUAUUUGACCGUUGCUCCUUUCGUACCCCCGGCGAGGGACAGAACAUCUACGAGAGCUUGCCCUACUGGAUUCACUGCGUCGUAGGUAUUGCUAUCAUUGCGGCUGGCGGCGUAUACUGGCUCUUCUGGGCAAUCAUCCUGCCUAAGCUUGGCGGAUACGAACUCGUAAGGGAGACGGUCAUUGACGAUAUUGACGGAUGGGAGAGGAACGUCUUUAAGAGGCGGUCCCUUUCCGAGCAGUCGUGA